AGCUCUUUUAUCCCCACUUCCAAUUUAGGAUAUUCACCACCCUCCUUUUUCUCGUUCCCUUUUCCACAACCAAAGAGCAUAAAGCACCAAAAUGCCUUCUGCCAAGCAAAUGACAAAGAAAUGCAACCAUCCAAAACCUAAGCCAAAGUGCAUCUGGCUUGGGAUGAAUAUUGGACCACGUUAGCUGGGAGUGAGGACUUUUCGGAAAGCCAGGCUCCAGUCAGAAAUACACCCUGUCAUUUGGAGUCUGAAUAUGAAAACAGCUUGCAAACAUUUUUUUCAGGCUUGUAACAAAAGACUUGGUCCUUCUUUUGCUCUGGUAUCUAGGCUACAUUGUGCAGGCUCAUGCAUAUCACUGGUUUUAUUCACAUGAGUAAUUCCAUUUGAAUUUGGAGCGACAACUUGUAUGUGCAAAGUUACUCAUAUGCUUUCUGUUUCCUUUAUAUUUUGAAAUUAUGUGGGUUUUGUUGGGUUUGGUUUUUGUUUUCCAUUUGCUGGUGCAGUCUAGUUACUGUUGGCAUCAAGGUUAUUGUGAACCAUCAUGGUUAUUAUUACCGUUUGUCAGCUUGACACCUUUGUUUUCCUUGCCAGACUAAAAGCUUCUCUAUGCAACCUAUUCCAGCUAUGCAAUUGUAUCAUCUGUUUUUAUGCAACCAUCUUUCACCUGACAGUGUAAAUUCAUUUUCCUUAUAAAAGAUCCUUUUUGUACUCAUUUUUUUCUCCAGUCAUUACUGACAGUCUUUCCAGUUGUGCCAGCUGAGUCUUUCUCAUGCAAGUGUCUCAUGACUUCUCCCAUACUGUGUAAUCUAAAUUCAUACUGAUUCUAACAUGAUAUCUGGAUGUUUUAAUAUUUGCCAGCAUUUGGAACAUUUUAUUAUUCUCAUUGCCAUAUGCUUUCUCUUUACUCAUAUUUCUUCAAGCUACAGCUUCUGCUGUUCUCAUAACCUUGUAUGUCUUCUCUGUUCCAUUGCUCCAUGUUCGCCUAAGGGCAAAAUGUCUUGGGGACAAGAAAAACACAUUGUCUAUCUUCCAUGAAAUGCGGCAUUAAGUUGUAAGUGUGGCUCAGUGUUUUAUUAGAUGUUCCUUUUCCGCAGUCAGGGGAUAUAAAGAACAAACAAGCAGAAGUCAAUGCGUACCUUUUUUUAAUGGAAGAUAGCUUUUCACGGAUAUACUCUCAGCUGUCAAGUAUAUACUAUAGUACUCUGAUUUGUGCCUGAGGAGAGUAGGCAGACUGGGCAGCCACUGACUGCUUUGUCAACCAGUGUCUUUCUUCCUAACCUAGCAAAUUUUGUGAAUUAGCACAAGUAAAGUCUCCAUUAGGAAAUAAAGUAUUUUGAAGCUGCUGCAGCAGCAGGUCAUGAGAUGUCAAGAAGAUGCAUUCAGUUACACCUAAGUACAGAUUUAUUACAUUGAAUCUCCAGGGCAUCUAUCUACUGUGCCUUAAAAGAAUCCAACAAACCAAGCAGGGUUUAAGUCCUGUCCCUGCUGUUUUGGGAUCCUCCCCUGACAUGGCUGUCCUUUGCAAGUUGGUAUUUGGAUAAAAUUCUAGUUGUCAGCAUGAAAGGAAAAACUGCACAGUGUGACUGGAAAUCUGCAUCCCCAAAGAAGGCCUCUCCCUGUGACCGAUAUAAACAUGCUUGCAUUAUUUGUAGAGGAUUUCUUUAUCUCUAUGGAGGACGGAACACCACCAGUCUUAGAGAUUUUUGGCGAUACAACAUCGUCAAAAAUGAAUGGGAAAUGCUGGAUUGCUCAAGAGAUGGUCCAGAAGAACUGGAGGACCAUUCAAUGGUGGCUUAUAAGGGGAACCUGUACAUUUUUGGUGGGAUGGUGGAUUCUGCUUUUACGCAAGCGAAAACUCCUCUCUGGAUAUAUGACACUGAUUCUGCAAGAUGGACAGAGUGCUGUAACGUACCAGCAGAGACUGAGAGCUUGUCACCAACUAACAGAAAAGGUCACAGUGCAGUAGUAUACCACUCCAGUAUGUACAUCUACGGGGGGUACUUCGGCAUCAGAGGCAUUUCACAGGAGUUUUGGACUUUUCAUUUUGAUACAAGAAAAUGGUUGUGUGUUUCCACCCCAUCUCACAGUAUUGGCCCAGGACCUCGGCAUGGCCAUUCAGCAGUGGUUUAUCACACAGGCAUGUACCUCUUCGGAGGACUGAUGGGGCUGAGUGAACAGAAGGAUUUAUGGAAGUGGGACUUUGUAAACAGCAGCUGGUCCAACAUCAGAACAAGCCAAGGACCUCCUCCAGUGGUAGGUCAUGCUUCAAUAGUCUUCAAAGACUCCAUGCUGAUUUUUGGUGGAGGGAUUUCAAAUUCCAGUCCUAAUGAUGACCUCUGGAAGUAUCAUUUCAAUACACAGACAUGGAAGAAGCUUAGCAUUAUCACCAAGGCAAACUUUUCUCCUAAAAUGUAUCACUGCAUCUUAGGAAUUGGUAUUGGUUUCCAAACUACUUCAGAUUUCACUGACACGUUCCCUAGCCAUUGGAAGAGUAAGCAGAAGGACCAUUACCAGCUGGUGACCAUCCCAAAGCACACUCGCCUUUGCAACUACUUCCGUCAGCAGACCGCGUACCAAGUGCUUGGCAAUGAGGAAAGCGAUGCAAUUGAAAUGAAAACCUUUAGCUUGCCUCUGGGCUUUUGUCCAUUGCAAACCACUUCAGAGGCAGAACUACACCCUAACAGAGCAACAAGCAUUUUGUCAAAGGAUGGGUCUCUGUGUCUGCUUGUCUCUUCAGAAGAAGAGACUUUUGCUGCUGCUCAGAUGGUUGGAGAAGAGGAGGGAGCCAGCUGUCAGCUCGCACCUGCAGUGGAUACCGAUGUGCUGCUGCUCAUUGGGGGUAAACCUUUGUCCAGCUCAUCUGAGAUCUCAGUCAGGCAAAUGGAGUUUGACAGCUUGUGAUCUCUUUGAUUGCAGUCACCACAACCAUGCCAGUAGGUGGUAAACCAACUGCUUGCAACUGUCUUCAGUUUCCUAUGGGCACACUGGAGAAAAAGUAGUAAAACCUCAUACCAGCUCUGAAUAGAUUUUUACAAUGUGAACAAACCCUAACACAUAUUUUAAGUUAGAAGUUGCGAUUUCUGAGAGGAGCAUGUUGGAAUUAUGCUUUUUUUUUGUUACUCUUCUUCUCAUCAGUUAGUAUCCUUUCAAAUUGCAGUGACUGAUGCUGCCUUGAAAACUGGAACAAAUAACCCCUACAGCUCCGUAACUGCUAUUUAAGGCUCAAAGCUUGCUUAUUUUGCACUGGCAUAAGAAAUAUAUAUGCACUUUGAAACCUGCAUUUGAAUAAAGUUUGUGCGUGUUUUGGUCA